AUGAGCCGUUGGAAUUUGAAAAUUGACUUUUGUCAUGUUUCGGAAAAGGAGCCUGAUUACAAGAUUCAGUUGGAGCAGUUAUUGAACAGAUACGCUGCAGUUUUCAAAUGCGAAUUGGGUUGUUUCAAACAUAGCAAGGUGCAUCUGUCUUUAAAGGAUGAAACAGUUCCGAAGUUUUGUAAGCCCAGAAAAGUUCCAUUCGCAUUCAAGGAGAAAGUGGAAGCGGAACUUAACCGGCUAGAAGAAUUGGGCAUUAUAUCUGUGGCGCCAUCAUCAGAAGCCGAAUGGGGCACACCGCUGGUCCCUGUUCUUAAGAAGGAUUCAUCAUUGAGACUGUGUGCAGACUAUCGUAUCACUGUCAAUCCGUUUCUGGUGGACAAUCAUCAUCCAUUCCCGGUUAUUGACGAGAUUUUUGUGGCACUGCAGGGUGGAAAAUAUUUUUCGAAACUUGACCUAAAGAACGCGUAUUACCAAUUGGAGGUGGAUGAUGAAUCAAGAAAGUUAUUGGCCUGGUGA